GAUUUUCUUUUCAAGGAUUGUUUUCAAAGAGAUUCCCAUCUUUUAAGUCAUCAUUUAAUUUAACUCGGAUGUAAUCCAUGCCAUAAUGCACCGAUUGAUGUCGCUAUGCAUUUGUUAUUGAGCAGGCCGCGUGGCUUUCGUCAUGUGGUCGAAUUAACACAUCAAAAACACGAUUUAACAAACGUUAUCCACCAGAAUUAUAUUCCUCACGAUGUGUAGAUGAGUUUUACACAUGUUGCACUUUAUUUUAGAGAAUAUUUUAUGUACGUACCGGGCUUUUCCGUCGUUUUGGGUUUCGGAGGUGCCAUGUUCGUCGAGAGAACCUCACUGAAAGGAAGUAGACAUGUUGUUGCAGCAUGGCGGAAACGCUCACGGUUGUCAAACCGACAUCAGCGCCACCAUUUCUAUUCGCGCCGAAUUCAAACUGCAGGCAACUAUACAAACACGACAGACACGUUUGAACACAAUGGUGACUCUUGUCAAUACAAACAUUUUAUAAAAGAAUAUAAAAUGUGUGAUAUGAGCGCGUUGGCCUACAGAAGCUCGUCAAUAUUGAAAAUGGUUGGUCAAGCACCUGAGAAGCGUAAAAUUAAAAACUUUCCGGCCGCAUAUUCGUUGUAUCACACGCCAUAUUUAAAAACAGAGUUUUCGCAACUAACCAAACGCGUUUUGGAAGAAAAUCUGCCUAUUGUGUCAAAUCUACGCAUUUGUAAGGUGAUUUUAUUAGGUGAUGUUUGUGUUGGCAAGACUUGCAUUGUUAAUCGGUUUUGUCAUCAAGUAUUUGAUACAAGUUAUAAAGCAACAAUUGGUGUGGAUUUCGACGUGGAAAAGUUCGAAAUACUAGGAUUACCCUUCACACUACAAAUAUGGGACACUGCAGGUCAAGAACGAUUCAAAAGUAUUGCGCAGUCGUAUUACCGCAAAGCACAUGUUAUUAUAUUGGUUUUUGACUUAACCAAUAUUUCUUCAUUGAGAAACUGUAAAACAUGGCUGCGGGAGGCGUUAGAUGUGUCAGAAAGUGACCCAUUUCGGUUCCUCAUUGGGACUAAACGUGAUUUACUCUCUGAUGCGUCAUACAAAGUAGUCGAGAACUUUGCAACCAAGUUUGCGCACACAAUCAACGCCGAGUAUUGGCCGUGUUCAGCGAAAACGAAUGAAAAUAUUGAUGAUUUGUUUAAUAGAAUUGCAGCGUUGUGUUUUGAUCAAUGCGUUGAAAAUGAAUGUGAAAAAAGACCAAAAACUGUCGAGAUUGGCGCCCUAAUACGUUUGAAAACAACCAAAAAAGAUAAAAAGAAUGGAAAUCGUUCGUCGUGUGUUGGUAAAUGUGCAUAAAUAAUACUUUGCUACACUGUUUUAUAAUCUAAUCAUAUUUUUACACUUUUGAACUCUUUACGCAUCUUUUUAUAAUGUUUUAAAACUUUUAUAAUGUUUAUCCUAGAAUUUCUACUCUUAUAAAACAUAUUCAACAAAUAAAUAACUAAAUUUCAA